AUGCUGGGCCGACAGUGUAGCUUUGUUUAUUUGAUUUUAGGUAUUAUAUAGCAUAGCCUAUUAAAACGGUUAACUUCACAAACCAAGUUGCAUUGCUUCAGUCUCGUGGCGUUUAGUUUUUAUUUAUUCACUUUGGUUAUCAAUUUCGUAUAAUAAUUAAAAAGCGCCUAGCUGUUAUAUAUUAGUGUUGCUUUAAGCUGACCCUUUUUCGAUGCAGCGUUACAAAAUAGCUGCUGGUUCGCUGAAAUGUUGCAUAUUUAACUUAAGCGCCGCAUUAUUUAUUUCCGAAUAUCCGAACUGUUACGGGCUGUCGUGACAAAAUCACGGCUGACAUCAAACUAUUUGAGUCGUUCUGGAAACGAUAAUAACGGGUUCAGUACAAGCAGACCUCGUUUGCGCCACCGAGCCCCUUUGUUCGAUUUCUCAGGAAAAAUCUGCACUCGGUUGAAAUCGCAGGUCCGUUGUAAAUGUAGUCUGAACGGUAACCGUUUCUCUUGUGCAGUAACUUUACGAAAUCAAAAUAUAGGCUAUUUAAAUAACAAAUGCCAUACCCCAAUAGAAGGCCGUUGAAAUAAAUUAGAGACGGACAGUAGGCUACUUAGUAGUGUAAACUACUGCUGGGGUCAAGCAGAGGACAAAAACGAGCUGUCCAAUCAUCAAACUGAAGCACUGCGUACGACCCCUUAACCUAUGACCUCGCCGUAUUCAGCACCCUCCAGACCAUGGUCUAUUUAUUCCUGAACGCAUGGGGCAGUAGUGGAACUUGAAUAAGGCCUGUGUUUUAAAAUUGCAGAGAGACCAACACCGUACUAUGUGUUUAUGCAUAACUUACUUUACACGACUACUUUGACAUAAAAUAUGCGUUAAAUGUUCGAAUUGGCUCAUUUAUUUGCGCUUCAGCAUCUCAAUUAUUUGUUAUAGAAAACAUAAGCUGUGAAACCGACCGUUUAAACAGGUAGAAGAAAGUAUUCGUCAAUGUUAAUGUAAAGAUGCCAAUUUAGUAAGUUUCAGUGCUCUAAUAAUUUUGCAUUUAGGCUAAUAUCACAAAGAGUGACAACGAUAUCAUUGGAUCUUAAAGAGCAUGUCUAUUUGGUUUGUGAAAUUUGAAAUCAGCUUUGGUUUUUAAAUAGGCUAUUCAGAUUUGGAAAAGAAAAAACUUUUCACCACGUCCCCUAAGAUAGUCUCAGUCAUCACUGAUGAUUCAGAUCUUGACAGACAGGAAAUUUAAACUUCCAUCAUGACACCAGCACCUCACCUCUCAAUCUGCUGUGCUUAAAUUUUAAUUGACUGGCUCACAUGACCUUAUUAAAUAAUAGAUACCUCUUGGUUAGAAAUAGGCACAGGAGGUUCGGUCGGAUUUUUCAUUUUGCAGAUGACCGCCGACUUAGAGAGACCUCUCAGAACCGACCAGCUGCUCCUCUUCCGGUCAGUCUUCAAAAGAGUGUUUGGAAUCUCCAAAUAAAUGAACGUGCCCCACCACUGAGCCUACGAGAGACUGUGUUUUGCUUAAGGUUCACCCGCAGAGCCCAUUGGCGGAGAGGUGUCACGUGACUACGUUGAGCCAAUGUUCUUCUACGAAGGUGUCAGGACCUUGUCAGAAAGCGAAAUAAACAUUGGGAAACGGCGAGAUGCAAAAAGCGACCUAUUGCGACGGCUCGGCAAUUUACAGUGGCUUUCCCUAUCAAAGCGCAAACGGUUUAGGUUAUGAUGCCAAUCAGCAGCAAUAUCUCCAGGCCCUUCAUGUGGAAAGCGAGUACCAUCGACCGGCCUGCUCCCUGCAGUCCCCCGGUGGCUCUGCAGCCCUGCACAAACCCAGUGAAAUCUCCGAGGGCUGCCAACGGAGUAACGGGACGCAAGCCCCAGUACCAGACAUCCCCGACAACAACCAGCCCCCUACUGCCCCUUCCGGACCAUCUUCCCCCAGUUCCCUGAACCAAAUCCCGAGCAGCGAUACCGCUACGAAGAACUCAGGGCACGCAUCUCCAACGCCAGGCACAAGAAAACAAAUUUUUCCGUGGAUGAAGGAAUCUCGUCAGAACACAAAACAGAAAUCCUGUAGCACCAUUUCAGUAGAGAGCUGCGCUGGAGACAAGAGUCCCCCCGGCUCGGCCGCCUCCAAGCGGGCUCGCACCGCAUACACGUCUGCUCAGCUGGUAGAGCUGGAGAAAGAGUUCCACUUCAACCGUUACCUCUGCCGCCCGCGACGAGUGGAAAUGGCAAACCUGCUCAACUUGACGGAAAGGCAGAUUAAAAUAUGGUUUCAGAACCGCAGGAUGAAGUACAAAAAAGACCAGAAGGGGCUGGGAAUGAUGCCCUCUCCUGGAGCGCAGUCUCCUAACAGUCCCGUUGCCCUGUCAUCUGGUGGCGGAGCGGGGGGUGGGAGUGCGUAUUUAAGCUCGAUGCAUUCUCUGGUUAACAGCGUGCCCUACGACUCACCCUCUCCAGCGUCUUACAACAAACCCCAGCCUAACGCGUACAGCCUUCCUACGUCAUAUCCACCUCCUCUGAACAACUGCCCGCCUCCUCAGAAGCGGUAUCCGGGGACCGGCACAGCCACGCCGGAAUACGACGCGCAUCAUCUUCAAGGCAACAACAGUUACGGGACGCAAGUGCAGGGCAGCCCGGUUUAUGUAAGUGGUGGUGGAGGCUACUCGGAUUCUUUGGUGGGGAUGGGGGCCUCGGUGUUUGGCCUGACACAUCUACCGCACCCACCUCAAGGCAAUAUAGACUACAACGGCGCCAUUACCAUGGGAAACAGCCAUCAGCAAGGAACGUGCGAACCGAACCCGUGCACAUUCACAGACCUUACACCGCACUAUUCUCAGGGAAGAAUUCAGGAAGCCCCCAAACUGACGCAUCUAUAGUGCCGAUGCAAUGUAUGUCUGUCCCGGUGCACGGCACACAUUUGCGCUCCCCGUCCACAGCUGCGUAUAUUUGGUUCACAUUGGUUCACGUAGCCACAGCGAAGUUGGUUUUACUUAAAACACAGUAAUGGAAAUGAAAGUUUCUUAAAGCUCAAACGCCGUGGCAUCAUGGGAAUAGGUAGGCCUGUGUUGUUUUGAUGAAAUAUGAAACAGGGUAUGAGAGCGCAUAUUAGAACUGUUUUUAUGCGAGCUUCUCAGUCCGCGAUUUUUUUCUCUGUUUUGCAUUUUGCACUUGAGGAAGGAUGCAUAUAAACAAUUUUUUUUAUUCAACAGUCUUAUGCAGCGCGAGCUCGUGUCUUUCAGAUGUAUUUAUUUGUUUCCACGGACAGUAGGUUGUGUUAUUUAGCCAAAAUCCUCAAGGUGAUGUGUAAAAGGAACCCAGAUUCUCCCAGUCGUGUCAGUGCUGAAACAAGUGCUAGCGGGCAAAAGCAGUUUUUAUCAAAGGUCAAUGUGUUCGAAUAUUAAUCGAUGUGUGCGAAUGUUAAUCGUGUGUUGCUUAAACAGUCGAAGAAGACAACGAUCAGAAGCUUUUUAUUAGUUUGAUUUUUUUUGUUUUUUUUGAUGUCAUACAUUCCAUGCUGCUCCACUUCUGAAGAAAUAAAGGACACUAACUGA